AUGUUCAAAUUUUACGUCUUCGUCACAUUGUUGGCUCUUGCCACAGCUGCCAGCAUCAAAGUUAACACCGUAGAGAAGAAAGUUGUACCCAUUCUUAACCAGGGUGAAGAAAAAAAUUCCGACGGCUCAUUCACCUACUACUUUGAGGGUGCUGAUGGCGCCCAACGUCAGGAAGUUGGUUUUCUCAAAAAUGCCGGUACCGAAGGUGAAACCUUGGUGAUCAAGGGUUCCUAUCGUUACAUUGAUGCCGAUGGCCAGGAAGUUCUCGUAGAAUAUGUAGCCGAUGAAAAUGGUUUCCAACCACAAGGUACCAUCAUCCCCAAAGAAAUUUCUCAAGCUGCCGUCGAUGCCGCCGUUGUGUCCAACAUCCAAAGAAGUCAAGCCGUACAAGAGAAUAUGAAUUAA